AGCAAUCCGCUGCUGGUAAUCGUGAUAUGGCUUCUCUACAAAAACAGCUUGAGGCUCUUAGUGAUAGAAUAGAAAGCGGUUUUAGGAAGUUAUCCCACCUUGUGAAAGCAUCGAGUCUUUCAUCAGGUUUUGUAACGGAAACUAAAUUGGGUGAAAAUGUGCUAAAGGGUGGAAUAGAAAUUACCUUCCCGCUCAACAUAACCGAAAGUACUAAAUCACAUUCACCUGGAAAGUUUUCAGUAAUACCUGAUAGAGAUGCAAGUGAAAAAGAAAUACAAGAUUACUUUAUGAGUGAAUGCAGUGUACUAAAAUAUUAUUCCCCUAUAAAAAACAAGCUUAAGCUUACUGUUGAAGAUACACGUCAAUCGCCGGUACUAGGAACUCGGAAGCCAGAUUUUGUAUUUAUUCAAAAAAAUACAGAUGUAGAUUUCUUAAAUAUUUUGGCCAUCGGUGAG